AUGGAAGCUUCCACAUGCAAGCCCCCACAUACAACCUCCACAUGCAAGCCCCCACAUGCAAGCUUCCACAUUCAAGCCCCCACAUGCAAGCUCCCACAUGCAACCUCCACAUGCAAGCCCCCACAUGCAAGUUCCCACAUGCAUGCCCCACGUACAACCUCAACAUGCAAGCUCCCAAAUGUAUGCCCCCAAAUGCAUGCCCCCACAUGCAAGCCACCCACAUGCAAGCCAUCUACAUGCAAGCCACCCACCUGCAAGCGCCCACAUGCAAGUGCCCACAUGCAAGCUCCUACAAGCAAGCCCCCACAUACAACCUCCACAUGCAAGCCCACCACAUGCAAGCCCCCCUUAUACAACCUCCACAUGCAAGCCCCCAAAUGCAUUCCACCACAUGUAAGCCCCCACAUGCAAGUGCCCAUACGCAAGCCCCCCCAUAUGCAAGCCCCGACAUGCAAGUCCCCAUAUGCAAGCCCACACAUGCAAGCCUUCACAUGCAAACCUCCACAUGCAAGUGCCCAUAUGCAAUUGUGGGCACUUGCAAAGUGUUCGAUGUGUCGUUAA